GACGGGAGCCACGUCUGUGCUGGUCGGGGGCUGAGCCGCGAUUGGCGUCCGCACCGCGGUCCGGGGAUUGCUGGGAAGAUGGCGGACUCGGUGGCCUGCCGAUGAGGAGGCCGCGGGGGGAGCCCGGCUCCCGGGCCCCGAGACCGACUGAGGGAGCGACCUGCGCGGGGCCUGGGGAGCCAUGGUCUCCAUCACCCAGCUCCAUGCUUCGAGUCCUGCUCUCUGCCCAGGCCUCCGCUGCUCGGCUGUCUGGCCUGCUGCUGCUCCCGCCAGUACAGCCCUGCUGUCUGGGGCCCAGCAAGUGGGGGGACCGGCCUCCUGGAGGAGGCCUCCACGCAGGCCCUGUGCAAGGGCUACAGCGGCUUCUGGAACAGGCGAGGAGCCCUGGGGAGCUGCUGCGUUGGCUGGGCCAGAACCCCACCAAGGUGCGCGCCCAUCACUACCCUGUGGCACUUCGUCGUCUGGGCCAGCUCUUGGGGUCUCAGCCACGGCCCCCUCCCGUGGAGCAGGCCACACUACAGGACUUGAGUCAGCUCAUCAUCCGAAACUGCCCCUCCUUUGAUAUUCACACCAUCCACGUGUGUCUGCACCUUGCAGUCUUACUUGGCUUCCCAUCAGAUGGGCCCCUGAUGUGUGCCCUGGAGCAGGAGAGAAGGUUCCGCCUCCCUCCGAAGCCACCUCCCACUCUGCAACCUGGCCUGCGCAGUGGGCAAAGAUUGGAAGCUGCUCUGAGCUGCCCUCGUUUCCUGAGGCGUCCGCAGCAGCACCUCAUCCGCAGCCUGGCAGAGGCCAGGCCAGAGGAACUGACUCCCCACGUGAUGGUGCUCCUGGCCCAGCACCUGGCCCGGCACCGGUUGCGGGAGCCCCAGCUUCUGGAAGCCAUUGCCCACUUCCUGGUGGUCCAGGAAGCCCAGCUCAGCAGCAAGGUGGUACAGAAGUUGGUCCUGCCCUUUGGGCGGCUGAACUACUUGCCCCUGGAACAGCAGUUUAUGCCCUGCCUCGAGAGGAUCCUGGCCCGGGAAGCAGGGGUGGCUCCCCUGGCUACUGUCAACAUCUUGAUGUCACUGUGCCAGCUUCGGUGCCUGCCCUUCAGAGCCCUGCACUUUGUCUUUUCCCCAAGUUUCAUCAACCACAUCAGUGGCACCCCUCAUGCCCUGAUUGUGCGGCGCUACCUCUCCCUGCUAGACACGGCCGUGGAGCUGGAGCUUCCAGGAUACCGGGGUCCCCGCCUUCCCCGAAGGCAGCAAGUGCCCAUCUUCCCCCAGCCACUCAUCACUGACCGUGCCCGCUGCAAGUACAGUCACAAGGAUAUAGUGGCGGAGGGGCUGCGCCAGCUGCUAGGGGAGGAGAAGUACCGACAGGACCUGACCGUGCCUCCAGGCUACUGCACAGACUUCCUGCUGUGUGUCAGCAGCUCUGGUGCUGUGCUUCCCGUGAGGACCCAGGACCCCUUCCUACCCUACCCUCCCAGGUUCUGUCCCCAGGGCCAGGCUGCCUCUCAGCCCACCACCCACGACCCUGCUCAGAGGGUGGUGCUGAUGCUGCGGGAACGUUGGCAUUUCUGCCGGGAUGGUCGAGUGCUGCUGGGCUCCCGGGCCCUACGGGAGCGGCACCUGGGCCUGCUGGGCUACCAGCUCCUGCCGCUACCCUUCGAGGAACUGGAGUCACAGAGAGGCCUGCCCCAGCUCAAGAGCUACCUGAGGCAGAAGCUGCAGGCCUUGGGCCUCCGCUGGGGGCCGGAAGGGGGAUAAGGGGGGUGCACAUGGGGCUCAGGAUGACCCCCCCCAGUGGGGGGGUGGACAGUUUGCACUUUGGCUCUCUAUAUUUUGGUUUCUCAUUAAAGUCCCUUUCCUUCCCUAUCGUGCAUCUUGUUUCU